CAAAUCGCCACGACGGGAUCGAACAUGUGGAGCCUCUCGGUCAUCAGUCUCUGCUGCGUCUUCGCCGCUGCAACUGCGCAAAGCAGCAUCUACCCAUCCUUGGAAGGCGUGACCGAGGCGACGCCUGCGCCAGGACUGUACGCCGCAGUGGUCAACUACUUAUUCGAUCAAGUGCUCAAGGCGGUGAGCCAGUCGGGCGCUAUCGACCCGCUGACGGUGCCCAACACCACACGGCGCUUUGAGACUAAGUUCAUCGUCAAGGUGCAGGCAGAGGCGGGACUCUACUCGGGACGCCUCACUGGCUUAUCUACAAUGCACAGGACCGGCGACUGUCACGUGAAAGUGGGAAGCGGUGGCGUCGAAAUGCGCGUGGACCUCGGCGCCGGGCCCGUGCGAGCCACCUACCGGGGAGAAGUGAAGCUCAUGGCAUUCAGCCAGGACGUCACCAUCGAUUGCGACGUCAACAGCAUGCAGAUCAUCGUAGAAGCCGUGCAGGCACCCAACGCCAAGCCCGAGUUGAAAAAGUUCUCGGUGCAGAAGCUGCAAGGGGUGCGCGUGGCGAUCCACGGCCUCGGGGCGCUGAGCGGCGUGGCCAACGCGCUCUCCGUUGUGCUCACCACUGUCUUCGAGGAGGAAAUCCGGCGCGCCGUGGAAGACAGCGUACGGAACCUCUUCUCCGAGAAGCUGGCCGAACUGGGAGGCACCAUCCCCUCUGCGCUCGUCGCACUGGGAUAGCCUCAAUCACUCACUCACCAGCAACGCUGAAAUCCAACACUUCUUCAACGUUUCGAGCGCUUGCGUGAGAAUCUGCAAGCUCAAGCUGCACCUAUAGCGGUGAUACUCCUAAAUAUGAACUGGAAAGUAACAUUUUUUUCGAAGUAAUGAAUGCGAAAAUUCCGCGAAUUUCAUCAGACAAAGCUGUCGUUGUGUGCCAAGCAUUUACAGAAGAGAUGCAGAGGCCUAAGUGCAGACAUCCAUACAUUAGUUGCAUUGCUAUGAGACUUUCAACAUUAGCCAAAACUUUGCCAAAAGCAGCCAAACUUAGUCAACAUAAGGCCUCUGCGCUAUCCAAGAGUUGACAGUGCUGAAAUUAUGCGAAUGGAUCUGAUGGGCUUCACACAAAGUGUGUACUCUCAUUCAAUAACUCUUCUAUGUUUAUUGUGAAUUUCUCUAUAAUGAUAGUUAUGGAUCACAGCUUGUGUGUCCUACCGAAUUCUUCCUCAGAAAACUAUUUUGUGCUGACUUCAAAGCUUCUUUUGAAACAUCAGUUCACACCCGAUAGAACUUUUAUGAAUAAUAAGAAACGUUUUGUUGUCGGUCGGGUUUAAGAUCUGUGCAAAAAUAGAAUAUACUUCAUGAGCCAUUAAAACACAUGCUUUCAUCCAAUGCAUUUGUC